AUGGAUCAUCCCGGCAGCGGUUUUGUGGCAUCGCCGUGGGCAGCAGUUUUGGGCCAUCAUGCCAUGGCAGCAACAGCCGCCGGUGCUGAUGCUGGAUUCGCAGCAGCGGCGGCAGCCCAUGUCCAGAAUGUGGCAGCAGUGGCUCAGCAUCACCACCACCACCCGCACCAUCAUCAAAUUGCGGCUGCUGCACACCACCACCACCAUACCCACCACCAUCCACAUCAUCAUCCCCACUCACAUCAUUCACAUCACACGCAUCACUCACACCAUCUCAAUGCGACGACUAUGCCUAUGGAUUUGCAUGUACCGCAAGGAUUUCCCUAUUACAGAUAUCGAGAUGACGCUCUCUGUUGGGGUGAUAGAAAAUCAAUGGAAGAAAUUGGCGCCGCCCAGUCGUCGGUCAAUGCCAGAAUUUUAGAGCUUCGCAAGGAAAAAUCGCGUGACGCGGCGAGAUCUCGUCGGGGCAAAGAGAAUUAUGAGUUCUAUGAAUUGGCGAAAAUGCUUCCUCUACCUGCGGCUAUAACAAGCCAGUUGGAUAAGGCUUCCAUAAUAAGACUGACAAUAAGUUAUCUAAAAUUAAGAGAUUUCUCGGGACAAGGAGAUCCGCCAUGGACGCGAGAGCAAUCGAGUAGCAGUAAAUUGAAAAGUGCAGCGAUUCGACGUAGCCCCGCCGUAGAUUUAUUCGAACAACAUCAAGGCACUCAUAUAUUGCAGUCUCUUGAUGGUUUUGCAUUAGCUGUCGCUGCAGACGGACGUUUUUUGUAUAUAUCCGAAACGGUGUCUAUUUACUUGGGUCUCUCACAAGUGGAAAUGACAGGAAGCAGUAUAUUCGACUAUGUUCAUCAGAGCGAUCACGCGGAAAUUGCCGAUCAACUAGGGUUAAGCUUAACCAAUGGUGGCAUUGCAGGCGGUGGCAAUGGUAACGGCACAACUGGUCUGGCGUCACCUACUUCAGGUGCUUCGGACGAUGGUGUUGGUACGCAUGGCACGAAUAACCCGGAUGUAUCUGCACAAAUGACUGUGUCCUCCACCAGUGGAUACAAAGGGUACGAACGAUCGUUUUGCAUUCGUAUGAAAUCGACACUAACAAAACGAGGCUGCCAUUUCAAAUCUUCCGGCUAUCGGGCAAACGAUCAAUCGGUCAAUGGUGGUAAAAAUAAUGGUAAACCAACGGGCACCAAUUAUUCGGUCGUAUUGUUGUUGUGCAAGCUCCGGCCUCAGUAUACCUUUUCACAUACACGAAAAUCUCAACCGCCUCUUUUGGGCAUGGUCGCACUUGCGAUUGCGCUGCCACCGCCUUCGGUACAUGAGAUACGUUUGGAAUGCGAUAUGUUUGUAACCCGAAUCAAUUUCGAUUUUCGAAUAGCACAUUGUGAGCCAAGGGUAUCCGACUUGUUAGACUACAGUCCGGAGGACCUUGUCAACAAAAGUAUGUACAGCUUAUGUCAUGCCGAGGAUGCCAUUCGGUUGCGCAAGAGCCAUAUGGAUCUGAUAGAGAAAGGUCAAGUGCUUACCGGUUAUUUCCGGUUGAUGAAUAAAAGUGGUGGUUAUACUUGGUUGCAAACCUGUGCAACGGUAGUUUGCAGCACGAAGAACGCUGAUGAACAGAAUAUUAUAUGCGUCAACUAUGUAAUCAGUAAUCGAGAAAACGAAAAUCUCAUAUUGGACUGUUGCCAGCUGGAGCCAAGUGUAGAUUGUAUUAAACAUGAAGAGCUUGGCACUGAUAAGAGUUCUGGCUCACCCAGUGGUGAUCCCGCCUCUGAAGGGCAAGCGGGCAUUGGAAGUGACACAAAAACAUCCUCAACUAAGACUGAUGGGGAUGGGCAUCAUCAGCGUAGCAGAGGACGAGGCUCCAGUUCGUCGGUGAACACAAAUGCAAACACUUUGACUUUAGUGAAAGAUAGUCCGAAUUCGGUAAGUGUUGAAAUGGAUAAUGGCGCCAGCUCGUUGCCAACAACUGUGGCUACACCAGCCACAACACCUACUAAUACAACAAAGCGCAAGCGCAAACCCAAAGCUUCUCUGCAAAGCGAAGAGAACUCGGAUGUUGGACCAGUCAACAACCCCAACACGGAUGCACAGCCACAAUCGAAGAUAGCAGCAAUCGAACGAGAGGUGCCACGCAGCCGUCUACCAUCGACCAUUGAACAACUUCCACAGCAACAGCAGCAAGCUCAGCUCACACAACAGCAGAUACAACAACAACCGCAGCAAGCACAAACGCAACAACAGCAUACCGAGGCUUCAGUGAAAGAUUUAGAAAAUGCUAUGACCAAACACUUGCCCUCCCCCGGCGUGAACAACAGCGACGUUGCACCAGUUGCCACCGACUUUAGCACCGAUGCACUUUUAAAACAACAACAGCAACAAAAUGAAAAAAGUAGCACCAUACAGUGGAUAGGAACGCCACACUAUCAACAACCCGCACCGAUGCCAGCGACAGCGCUGCUGAGGCAACUUUACGCCAAUCGAGAGAGUGUUAUAAGAGCAACCGCACGUCAAACACCGACCGGUGUGUUUUAUGGUGAACAGCAAAAUGGUCCACUACCAACACCGCCGGGUAGUGAAUCAUCAUAUGAUAAUCACCAAUAUCUACAACUUCAUCCCGCCCAUCCACAAAAAUCAUCCACAGACGCAUUUACGAACUUAGUAUCUACAUACGGUGGCUACCACAGCUCCAUUGAUUAUCACAAUGCCAUGACGCCACCCAGCUCGGUGUCUCCGCGUGAUACAACCAACAACCUAAACGCCACCAAAGCGACCUCACACAACACUAACGGAUAUGCCGAUUACACCGACUCACUACGUGUUCAAUACACAACACCGAAUAACGCAAGCGAAAGUGCCGGCACACCCGCACUUCCUCUUAAACCCCAACCAUACACAGCAGCAACACCCUCCAUGCAUCAUCCCCACUCAACCGCCGAUGCCACAAGCAUUACGUAUAGCAAUCUGGACCAACCGCAAUAUUUUGCUCCACAUUCUAGCUUCCAUUUGUAUCACAAAGGCACACCGUCGAGUGGCUGGUAUUCGACACCGUCAUAGGUCAGCGCUCAGGACUGCGACUUACAGCAGCAGUGGGGAACUCAACAGGAUCAACAGUUGCAACAAGUUCAGCUACAUCCAAAGGAGAGUUGGGAUAUAGUCGGUGCACUUGGCAAGGUUGCCAGAAUGUUCUUUAAUGCUCGAAGAGGAAAUUAAAUUUAAGUGGGCUGGGCAACCAUCUGUGGACUUGAAUUACAAUCGUUUUAAAACACAUAACUUAUGCACCUACAUAUGUGUAAGUAUGUGUGCACACACAUAUGUAAAGCUGUAAUACAUAAAUAUCAGGCGCGAAAUUUAGCGGUUAUGAAUUGAAUCAAUUUCACUUCAAAAUUUUUCAAUCCAUAUUUCUUUUUCAAAUUGCAUAACCAAUUCACCUGUCCCUAGCGUAAGCAUACUCGACAUACUGAGAAGCAUUCUAAACGUACAUACAUUCAUAUGUACUGCUCAACCAAUUUAGGUUUGGAUGUAUGUAUGUACAUAAUG